GCACCGACGUUAGCUAGGAAAACGGCUAAAAUGUUACCGCCUUAUGAGUUUCGAUUCCGAUUUUUUUCCACACAUUGUAUUUAAUUGCAGCAAUAUUAAGUUUCCGGAACACAGGUGCUGUGACACUGGACAUUUUACUGCUCUUCACCGACCGACUAAUACAAUUAUUUUGAGGUUAAAUCAUAAUACUUCUGGUAUUAUUUGCUAACGUUAGCUGGGCAUAGCAGGUCUGCUAGCUGGUCCUCUGUUAAUCCCUCAUCACAGACUAAGGAUGAUGCAUGAAGGCAAAGACACAGAGCCGACAACUGCAAACAAAGGGCUACUGCUAUGAUAACAGCAUUAAUCACAAUGGAGGAGGCCCAGGAAAAUAUAGUGGCCAUGGUGAAGAAGCACCCAGAUGGGAUCCCGCUGAAAAAGCUUGCACUGUACUACAACAAGACAUAUCACAAGAACCUGUCUUUGUCUAUGUUGCACUUUGAUUCCAUGGCCAGUCUGGUGGCUUCUCUGCAUGAGGAUCUGGUUGUGGAGCAGGAGGUGGUGUUUCACAGGGACCAUUGCAGUGGAAGUCGGGCUGUAGCUGGACCUGCAUGUGGAGCAUCGGCUAGACAUGAGGAAUCAUCGAAAGCUUCAGAAGACAAUGAAAUGACUGAGAAAAUUCUGAAAAAUGUAGUCGACAUGAUUAAAGAACAUCCAAACGGGCUUCCUCUCAAGAAGGUGACUUCAGCCUACAACCAGAAAUACCACCACAACCUGUCCUCAGCCUCUUUAGGCUACAAACGUAUUUCCCGCCUGGUCCGAUCUUUGGAAGAUCUUGUUGUGAGGGGGGACAUGGUUUUCCAUAAGAUUCACCUGCCCCAGAAUCAACCUCAAGUUGGGCUGUCAAGAAAAGCUACAGAGGACAGCAGGCCUGCAACACCACGGACACCAGAGUCCCUUACUGAGAAUAGGAGCAAUGCUCCUCUUGCUGCAGUCACACAGCCUGAUGCCAGCCCUCAUUGUGGGUCACUCACACCAACAAGGAUGAACCUUACAGGCUCUUCUGUGAUUUCCACUGGCUCUUUCUUCUCCACCCCUUGCAUUCCUGUUACACCACUCUUUCCUGCAUCCAAGCCAGCUAAGAAAUUGACCCAACAGAAGCUAUACCAGAGGGUCUUGGAGGUGAUGGAGAGAUACCACCUGACUGCUCCAUCAAUGGACCAGCUGCAAAGCUGCUAUUUCCAGCAGUUUUGUGAACAGUUUCCUCUCACGCAGUACAUGUCUCUGUAUGAUAGCUUGGAAGCUAAGAAUUUGCCCACUCAAUCUGAACCAACAGCAGAGCUCAAGGCUGUUGCAUUGCAAACAUCUACAGCAACACAGAAUCUUGCAAAAGAGCCCAAAAACAAUCAGCAACCGGUUGCUGGGCCCAGCUUCCUCUCUGGUAUGGACUUUCCGAAACUGCGUGCAGAUAGGAACUUGACUAAAGAACAGAAGGGAAAAGUGAGAGAUGUCAAUCCGAGAGAAGGUAGUGCCCCUAUAUUUAGAGAAUCUUAUCAUGCCCAGCUGAGAGAGGUCCUUGGAGGUAAUAUGCGAGCAGUGGAGGCCAUGGAGGAGGACGAGGAGCUCAUAGGGAGGAGGGGGAACAGGGCCAUGGAUCCGGACACAGUCAACAGUCUGAUGGCGAGUGUGAUACGAGAACUCGCUGCUGAAGGAGAGCUGGUCACCAAAGAGAAGGUGAUGUCCCGGGUGUGCAGGCUGAUUCCUUCUUUGGACCCAAGACGGAUAAAACACUGGACUAUUCCAGCUCUAAAAGACCUUCAGUACAUCAUGAAAGAGAUCAAUGUUUUCUUAGAGUCUACUGAAGCAGUUACGUCCGUCUGUACCCUGUAUGAGCUCGGUCAGUCACUGGCUGCCCUAAAGGACAAGAAGCGCUAUGAGGAGCUGAACCUGGGGCCCCUCUGCAAACUCCCCCUCAUCCACCGCAUGUUCAAGAUUGACAGUAACACCAAGGAUGACGAUAUCCCACAGAUCGAGACCGUAGACAUCCUAAAGCAACUUCGCAUUUUUCGGAGAAAGGAAAACAAGGUAAAAAUAGACCUGGCUGAGUUCCUGAAGUAUCUGGCUGACCACUACAGCUGUGACUCUCCCUACGAGCUGGGCAUUAGGAUACAUAGCAUCGCGCUACCUAUAGCGACCCUAAGAAAGGUGACCCAAGGUGAGCACAUGAUAUUGGAGCGUGCCAGGGAGACCAUCCAGAAAGAGCUGGAAGAGGAAACCCAUGAGUGGCUGAGAAAAAUCAAAAAGAGCGUUUUAGAGUCAGCGCAAGUUGCAGGUUCCUUCUCCACCACAGGCAGCUUGGAUCUCAGAAAAAAAUACGCCUCUAUGCCAGCGUCCGAGGUAGUGCUGGCAGUAUUCACAAAUGUACAAGAGGUGUUCAGCCCCAGGAUGGCCAAGCACAUCCAGAGCUUCUUGCUGCAGGUGUCAGGUGACCGGCUGGCAACCGCUCUGUUUCAGCUAGCCAUCUGUGGAGGCUCCCUGUCUGUUCCACAGGACCUGGUGCCCAAAGACAAGGCAUCCAAAACCACAGAACAAACUAAAAUAGAGGACAGGUCUACCACUUCCAUUCCAAGUGAAGCCAAAGUAAAGCAGUAUUUGAAAGACAGCCUGGUUGCUCAGAACUCAGCAAUCACUUUGGCCCACAUUGCCUCUCUGGAGAAGAAAUUGACCAGACAUUUCCAUGUCAAAGAUUUCCUCUCCCUAGAGCAAGGCAACUUCCUGGAGUUCCUGGUAAAACACCUUCAGCUAUUGCAGGACACACUGGGGUCUACUUUGAUUCUGGGCAGUGGCAGCAUGGAGCUUGCUGGCAGUGGUUUCAGACCCACCAGACAAGAUGUGUUUGAGUUCAUCAAACAGUGUGGCGACAUAACCUCCACUGAUCCAGAUGAACUGUCCCACAUUGAGUCAGCACUGAGGUCCCACUACAGGGUCCGAGACAGUCGUGACUUGGGAUAUGGCACACUGCACAUGCUGGCCGGCCUGGUCCAACGCCAAAGAGGGCUGGCCGGAGGAGGACUGAGCCAGGUCUUCUAUGAGUCAGCCCUGUUUGCCAAACGCAGCACAUCAAGCCCUCCCAUGAACCGUGCUGAAUGUGGACCAGAGUUAGUGGGGCGUCUCGGUGAGAUGUCCAAGGACCAGGCCCUAGCAAGCCUGAUCUCCUGCCCUCUGCUGGAAAAUUUGAGUGAGUGGAGCCAGUGGGAGCUGAUCUUCAAACCCCUUCAUGGCUCUCUCAAAGAUUUCAUAGAAAGAAACACAGGUAAUACAGGCCUGGCAGCAUUAGAGGUGAGACCAGGUUUACUGCUUAGGAUCACUACAAACACUGGAGACAAAUACUUCUCUAGUGCCGCCACAGCACUGGACCCCGUUGGAACAGCCGGCCAUCUUGUGUCCAUUGUGGUAGCUGAUGGGAUCACCAACGCUCCUACAGCUCUCCUGGCCAAUCACAUGGAGAGCUCUCUGGCAGCAGCCAUGGGUAAAGAAGAUUUGUCCCAGGCUGAACAGGAUGUGCAAUGUUACAAUAGAGUGGCCAAAUUCCUCCUGGAGUGUUUGACACGAAUCCCCAGCAAAACCUGCCAGGCUCUUUUGCAGCAGGUGUUUUUGGAGCCUUUCUCCCGUGUCCUGGGCCAAGCCACGUCUAAAGAGAUCCUGAUCACUGUGGCUCGGUCUGACCCAAGGCACAUGAACUGUCUGCAUCGGCUGGGCAUCCUCCUGGGCAUCACAGACUGGGUCAAAGAUUAUCAGAAAAAGCUGAACCCACCACAGAGCCACGACUGUAACACAUACACAGCACCUGUGGAUAAGGUCAAGUCUAAUUUGAUAGACUCUGAGAGCAGCAGUCUGUCAGCUCUCAAUAUGAGUGAAGACGAGUAUCUUGAGGACAACGGGAUGAACAGCAGCGUUGCUUCAUUCCAGCUUAACCACAGCCUACAACAAGUCAAUGGUCAUCAAGGCGUUGAGAUUGAGGAAGAAGAAGAUGAUGAGGAGCUGUAUGAGUGGGCUCCACUUUACAAUGGAGAAUUAUCAGACGUGAACAGUGAAACUGAGGGAGGACAGGUUGAGCAACAACUUGAAAAGUCUGACAUGGAUGAAAAGGAUGCUGCCAGCUGCCAGUCAGAGACUGCAUACCAGUACCAAAAAAACAUAAUUGAAGAAAUAAGGAAAAGUGAGUUUGGCAUCGGAGUGGAAUUGACCGCUGAAGGGCAGAAGCUGAUGCAGGUCCACCAGGAGAGACUGGGCCGCAGCCUAGACCGCCUCUCUACUGAACUCUACAGCAAAGACACACACUUUGUCCUGGAACUCAUUCAGAAUGCUGAUGACAAUAGUUAUCCAUCAGAAGCUGGUGUUGUUCCAGCGCUUGCCUUUGUGGUGGAGAGAGACUGCAUCACCGUCCUCAACAAUGAGACUGGCUUCCAGAAGGAAAACAUCAAGGCCAUCUGUGAUGUGGGCCGCAGCACCAAGGGCAAACAUAAAUAUGGAUACAUUGGACAAAAAGGGAUUGGCUUCAAGUCGGUGUUUAAGGUCACAGACUGUCCUGAGAUUCACUCCAAUGGCUUCCACUUGCGCUUCAACAAGACCUGUGGGCCCAUGGGAUACAUCCUGCCCCACUGGACUGAAGAUGAGAGGCCUCUGGACACACAGCUGAAAGACAUAAAUCACCACAGCUGGACCACUAAAAUCAGCCUUCCUCUGCGUUCUGAAAACCGUCUGACCAGAAACCUGUUUAAUGACGUGCACCCGUCGCUGCUGCUCUUCCUGCACCGCCUACGCUCCAUCACCAUCUAUAAUCAGAGUGAGAAACGUCAUGUGACAAUGACUCGUAAAGACCUCAGUCACAGUGUGCUGGAGGUGGAGCACACAGAGGGCAUCGAGCGCUGGCUAGUGGUCAAAACCACACUGAAGCCCAAGAAGAUCAAAGAGGAUGUUGAGUCGACCGAGCUCGCUCUGGCUUUCCAGCUUGGCAGCGACAUCACAGGAGGUGACAUUGUAUGCCAGCCUCAGAAGCAACCUGUGUUUGCUUACCUGCCCCUUCGCAGUUUUGGUUUUCGUUUCAUCAUCCAAGGUGACUUUGACAUUCCUUCAUCUCGUGAAGAUGUUGACCGAGAUAGCUCCUGGAACCAGUGGCUAAGAGCUGAAAUACCACAGCUCUUCCUCCAGGCCAUGGACGUCUUCACUGACCACCCAGAGUUCAAGGGGCUGAAGGGCCUUUGCCAGUUUCUGCAGUUUACUCCCCUGCCUGACGAGGUGCUGGACUUCUUCAAGCCUGUUGCUAGCCAGAUCAUUCAGCUGCUCAAGGGCAAAGCCUUCCUGCCUACACUCAGCUCAGAUGGUAAGGUUGUGUACAAGCUGCCGUCUCAAGUGGCCGUCUGUCGGGAUGCUGUGAUCCAUGAUGUGAUUGGUGGAGAUGAGCUGGAAAGGCACCUGUCUCUGUCCUAUCUCCAUCCGGGUUUGAGCCCUGCCCCACCCGCCUCCCUGCUCACUCACCUGGGAGUCCGAUAUCUGCGGGGAUCAGAUGUUACCACGGUAACCACAGCCAUGGCCAAGGAGCUGAUGAGAGUGGAGGGUAUCCAUUCAGAUGGAGGUCUGCGUCAACUGGCCAGGUUGCUGGUUUGCAACUUCCGAGCUCUUGAGCAUGGCUACGGAGAGGCAGAUUCUGUCUUGCAAACCCUCAGAGAUCUACCGAUAAUCCCUCUGGCUGACGGACGUGUGGUGGCACUAAAUGGGGAAGGAGUGUUCUUUCCUAUGGAAGAAACCAAGACCAAGAAAAGGAAAGCUCAAGCUCAGACAGGACCACUGUCUGCAUUGUACAAGGAUAUAAACGUGGUUCACCCCUCUUUGCUGAGCUGUUUGGAACCCCUGGAAAGUCAGCAGAUUCGAGAGCUGUUGAAAAGACUUGGGGUUCAUGAGCUGGAGCCUCAAGAGGUGCUGGAGCAGCACAUCUACCCUUCAGUACGCAGCAACAAAUGGAAGUCGAAGCCUGAGUCGGUGAUUGUGAGUUACUUGGUUUUCAUCAAGCAGCACUCCUCCUCCAGCCAGGAGUACUCAGACAUCGCAAUACCCAUCCUGACCUGCAGGGGUCUGCUGUGCCCGGCCAAUGAAAGGGUGCACUUCUCUGAAGAGUACGGCAACAUGAACCUGGCUAAGAAACUGCCUGGCUGUGAUUGGAUCUUGCUGAGUCCCUGCUAUGUGCAGACAGACAACGAUGUAGCAGGAUGGAGGGAGCUGUUCAGCAGACUGGGCGUCAGAGAUGGUCUCAUCAUUCGCAAAGAAAGACAGACACUCACUGCCGCAGAACUGGCCUCCAGUCCCUGGGCAGCUGAAAGUGUGGCGUGGCACCAAACUCCAGGGGAAGGCUAUGUGCUCGAUGACUACCCCUGUGAAGAGUUUCAUGCCCUGGCUACAGCCCAGCUGCCUGGCUCCCUCCUGCUGCAGCAGAGAAUGGCUUUGCUGGAGCUGCUGGAGAUCAACUGGGACACUGGACAUCGCUACUCUCAGUACCUCACAGCCCAGGUGAUCGACAGCGAUGGGCGACCAAUCAAAAGCACCAGAUCUUCUUUCUACCACUACUUGUGCCGUCUUGAAUGGGUGCCAGCUUAUCGCCCACAGCAAGGAGAACAGCCAGAGAAAAAGUACCUGUGUCCAAGCUCAGUGUAUCUGAAAUCACCAGAAAUCACCAACCUGCUGGGGACUCACGUUGAUUAUGUGGACAUCCACUCCAGCAAGUUCAGCAGAGCUUUAGGAAUGAGAGAAACUAUCUCAGUGGACAUUCUCAUUAACUACUUGAAGAAGUGGUGUGUCCAACCAGAGAAAGAUAACCAGGAGCAGAAAGACCCUGACGACAAGUCAGAAGGGGCAAAUUUUACUUCUACAGUUCAGCACAUCCACAACAUCUACACCUAUCUGGAUACAAACUGUUCCCAGAACAGCCUCAAGGAACUGUUCCAUCAUACCCCUGCUGUGUUCGUAGAGUUGAACAGCCAUAAUGGUGACUGGUGUAGAGGACGCUUCUACCACCUGAAAGACGUUUGCUGGAGUGACACCACAACCAUGUUCCAGCGCUACAGACAGCUGACUCACAGAGCAGACAGCCCUAUCCAGGAGCCCAGAGUCCUGGCUCCUUUCUAUAGCCAGCUGGAAGGCAUGAGAGACUUCUUCACCAGGCUGAAUGUGGAUCACAGCCCCAAUAUGAAGCAGUAUGUUGGUUUGUUGGAGCUGAUCUGCUCAUCAUCUCCCAUACCAACUGCUGAAGUGCUACAGGAUGUGUCGGUACUCUAUGCCAGACUUGCUCAAAAGUGUAAACCUCCAGUGUCUGGAGACCAAGAAAACAUGCCUCAGUUCAAACUCAAUCCCGCUUACUGCUCCACUCUGAAAGGUAUGGUGUCUAAUACGAGGGUCUUCCCUACCAAAGAUAACUGCUGGGUGAGUCUGGCUAGUAAACCCAUGAUUGGUGACAGCAAAGAGCUGGAGAAGAUCUUUAAACCCCACAAGCAAGUGUGUCUGCUCAACCUGCCACCAGCAGAGAAGAAGGCUGCUCCCAUGAGCAAGACUGGGAACUUUGGUCAUACAGCCUCAGGAGAGCGAGCCAUGGUUCCUAAGUUCAAUGAGAAGGACAGGUUUUUGUUUCUGGAGAUCUGUGGGAUCUGUCAGCUUUCAAAGUGUGUCAAGUCUGAGGCUCAGACUGAGAACCUUCGGCCCUGUCCGUCUAUGCAGGCCAUGGUGCGCUCAGCCAUCCCCUACAUCCAGAGGUUCCUCUACCACCACGACGAGAUGAAUGAAGUCUAUUCAGAGCUGACUGACAACAACAUAGCACAGAAAAUCAAACACCUUUACUUCGGGCAGGUGGGUAAGCUGUACAUUCGCCACCAGCUUAAUGUCAGUGACAGUGAGGAUGCAGUGAUAGAGUUGCAGGACGUCAUCUGUCUGCUGAAAGACGAGAAGGAGCUCUACAUCCAGAAAGAUCACCUCACUGCCAAGCUGGACAUCUGCAGGGAACUGGCGACCCUGUUCUGCAGUGAGACCAGCCACAGGAAAGAGCUGAUGCAUUUCCUGACCGGCCUGAUAACCACGCUCAAUGACCCAAGAGACCUGAAGAGAUUCUUGAUCAAAGAGGACAUCAGAGAGCUACCCAGUGAGGAGGAGCAGUGGGAGGUGCCAGAGCCUCCCAAACCAGAGGUCACCCUGGACAGAGUCCUAUCAAGGAGUUACUCCUCCAUCAGCUCCCCAGAGGAAGCAUCUCGCCCUGCACAAGAGGAUGGGGAACAGACUCUGGCUUGCUGGCCUCCUCGAGCAUCUAUGCUGAAUGCAGGAAGUUGUCGCACAGGUCAGGGAGACAGCAGCGUUGUAGACGCUGUUAUGAAGAUGUGGCCUCCUCCUGCUGCACCUAAAGAGCAAGGCCCAGAAAAGGAAAUUGCCCUCAAGGGAAACAGCCUCGACGGAAACCAGCAACCCAGGAGCAGCAGCAGCAAACUUCCAGACCCGCCCUUCCCUCAGAGAGUCCUCAGCCAUCAAGGGCAGCCGAACGCCGCUGCUGCCACCAGCAACACCCCACGGCCUCCAGAGCGCAUUCAGCAGAGUGAGACCACUGAGUCUGACAGAGCUGAGGCUAAGAAGGAAAACCUCUCAGCUCCCAGACCAACACCAAGUCCUCCAUCUGCACAGCCUGCCGAGGCCACCAGCGACCAGCCUGUUCCAAACAGCCUUGCCACCCCUGAGGCUGUGGUUCUUUCCAGUACUUUCCAGGGGACAUCAGCUGCUGUAGAGGCUCAGCGUCCUCCUCUGAACUUGGACUUUCCUCAUUGGAACAAAGUCCAGGCCACACUGGAGGACAUGGAGCUCACCUGCCAGAGACCCACCACUGUGGUCUUGUCUGAUGACCAAAUGGACGUGGCGGCGAUUGGCGAGUGGGGCGAGCAGCUGGUCAACUCCUUCCUGUGCCACUGGAGAGACAGCGGAGACCCUGGACGACCCAAGAGCGUCCUGUGGUGCAACCAGAGUGGAGAGACCGGCCAGCCCUAUGAUUUUAAAUUGACCUUCGCAGGAGCACCGGAGGUGGUGUACGUGGAGGUGAAGGCGACAGUAAAGAAGGAGAAGUCAUUCAUCCACCUCUCCGCCAAUGAGCUGGACUUUGCACUGAAGGAGAAGGAGCGCUACCACAUAUUCAGAGUGUACAGCGCAGGAGACGCUCAAAAUGUCCGUCUGUGUCGCAUUCAGAACCUGGCACAACAUCUCCACACCAAAGAUUUGGCACUUUAUCUGUUUGUAUAACUCCUUUUAAAGUCUGUCUUUUGCACUGUAUCAACUCAAACAGUCCCUUACAGGUGUUUUCUGUGCCUUUUAAAUUUAAUCUUAAAUGCACUGAUUUUAGUUGUUUUAAAAUGUACAUUAUUCUGCAUCUACUGCAUUAUUUUGCCAGUUUUUGAGCAAAAGACAAAUUUUGCACUUUCUUUUCUAUUUUUAAAGUGGUCAGUAGUCCUACUAAAUGUUUUUAGUACUUUGUAGUUCCCCUCCCUAACCUUUACUGAAGCAUUCCAUUGAAAUAAAAUCAGUUUUCUGCCA